AUGGUGGAGGUCGUGGAGCUAGUCAGACUUCACAAGCAGGUGGAAAGUCAGGCUAGGGUUUUUGCGCUGAAUCCUCAGGAGGCUCAGGCUUCCAAUGUUGUCGUGCAAGGUACAUUCCCUUUUGCUUCUCGAGAUGCAUUAGUUUUAUUUGACCCAGGUGCCAGUCAUUCGUUUGUUUCAACUAGUUUUACGGUUAAGUUGGAAAAACAACCUGCUUAUUUACAGUACCCUUUAUUUGUAGCUACCCCAGUAGGUGAAAGAAUAGAGGUUAAUAUAGUCUAUCCUUCUUGUCCUGUGAGCGUCCAAGGAGUGGAUUGGCUAGCUCAGCAUUAUGCUAACGUAGAUUGUCGUAAGAAGAUAGUCACGUUUAGGCCACCUGGAGUUGAGCCUAUUUCAAUCCAAGGUGAAAAGUUAGAGUCUCUAGUGAGUAUGGUUUCGGCUAUUAAAGAUUGUCAGUUGCUAAGAAAGGGUUGUCAAGGAUUCUUGGCUGUAGUAAAGGACAUAGAAAAGAAAAGUGACCAAGUGCAGGAUGUACCGGUGGUAUCGGAAUAUCCCGAUGUUUUUUCGGAAGAGUAA